AUGCCUAAAUUGCAAGUUUCGGCUCAGGAUGAGCAAAAGGCGUUCGAGGCCGAGGUCGCUACAAUUGAGAAGCAAUGGUCCUCUUCAAGGCAAUCGCAUCUGAAAAGACCAUAUGAUGCUCAAACAAUUGCUGCACUCCGAAACACCAUCCCAGCACAAUCCUCAUCGUCCUCGACUCAAGCCGUGAAGCUAUGGAACCAAUUACAGGAACACAACAAGAAUGGCACCACUGAGCUUACGUUCGGAACGACCGACCCUGUGGCCGUUUCCCAGAUGGCCAAGCACCAACAAACGGUCUAUGUCUCUGGAGCAUUGUGCGGCUUCUCUGAAGUAGCCAUACCGGGCAUGGAUCACGCAGACUAUCCUUGGGACACGGUACCUAAAGUCGUAGCAAAGAUCUUCAAAUCACAACUUUGGCACGACCAGCGGCAAAAGCAAUUCCGGCUGCGACACCCCGUGGAGGAGCGAGACGGACUCGAGAAUUGGGACUACCUUGCGCCUAUCGUUGCAGAUGGCGACAUGGGUUUCGGUAGCCUCACGAGUACCAUGAAGAUGGCUAAGGAAUUUGUCGAGGCCGGCGUCGCCAUGAUCCAUAUUGAUGACCUGGCCAUUGGUAUGAAGAAAUUUACCAUCGGUCAGGGCAGGACCGUGGUUCCUACAAGCGAGUACUUGGACCGAUUGACGGCGGUCCGCAUGCAGUUCGAUAUCAUGGGUACUGAGACUCUGUUGCUCUGCCGAUGUGACACAGAUCAUUCUGAGUUUAUCACAAGUGUCGCUGACGAACGGGACCAUGAGUAUGUUCUGGGUGCCACAAAAGACGUCGAACCUUUACAAAAGUGUCUUGCACAAGCCCAGGCUGAGUCAAAAGACCUUAAGGCUGCACGAGAGGACUGGAAGAAACGAGCUAGCCUGAAAACAUUCGAUGAAGCAGUGGAAGCUGUAGCGACCAAGGAGGAAUUGGAGUCUUACAAGUCCGAGAUACUCCAGGAGAAGUUCAGAUCACUGUCCACGCGUCGAAAGAUUGCCCAGAAGAUAGUGAAGCAAGAGGUGGUAUUUGACUGGGAACUUCCGAGGUCAUCAAUGGGCCAGUACAUGUUCAAGUCCUCGGUCAAAGCUGUUGUGGAGCGUGCCCUUGCAGCUGCUACGCUCGGCGAUGUUACUUGGGCUCGAAUGGACUCGCCCGUGUGGAAAGAUAUCGUCGAAUUCCAUACCGAGAUCCGAAAGGUCUUCCCUGACAGGCUUUUUGCCUUCGGUUACACGGGCGAUUAUGAUUUUGGAAAGGCUGGCUUUUCCGACGAACAAGUGAAGACUCUUCCGUGGGAUCUCGCCAAGAUGGGAAUUGUGUGGCAGGUGCAGCCCAUCUGGAGUUUGCAAGGGUUGAACCUAGUCACAGAACAGUUUGCUAAACUCUGGCAAGAAGAAGGUAUUGCUGGAUACUUGCGAACUGUACAAGGUCCUGCUUUGAGCACGAAGCCGAUGACUGAUGGUUUUGAGAAACUGAGUUACUGUGGCGGUUAUCUGGCUGACGCAUUUUUCGAAACUGUCGCUGGAGAGACGAUUGUAGAGAAGGGCAAGGCUCUGAACUUCCAAAGGCAUUGA